AUGCUGCUGCUGCUGCUGCUGUUACCUCUGAGAUACGCCCCUGAAGGUUUAUCUGAAGAAGACCAGCAUCGUGUGAUCACACUGGGACACGCACGAAGGUCUAAACCGAUAGAAUAUACUAUCAAAACUAUUGAAUCGAAGAUCCAUGAUGCACUAACUAAUCAAACUUAUCAGAACAACACGGUGGAUGGAGACAUUGAAAUGGUUCCUAUGGAUGAUGCCGAGGUGGACGUGAUAUCGUCGUACGUCAGCUACAGUAGGGAUUCAGGAAAUUUGCAAGUGAAUAGUGGCGAUGAAAUGUAUGACGAUAUUAUGAUGGUGGAGAAACCGGAAGAAACCCAUGCAAAUGGCAACUUGUCUAUGCUUGUGGUGGAUACCAAUUUCAUACUUAGUCAUUUGAAAGUUGUCGAUGAGUUAAAGGGGUUGGCCAGGGAGUUUGGGUUGCGGAUUGUGAUUCCGGUUAUGGUGAUGCGAGAAUUGGACGGGUUAAAGAAUUCUUCACGACUAGUGGAUGAUGAUUCUCCUGAGAGAUUGCUGGGAGUGAGUGUAGGUCAUUUGGCCAGAUGGGCGAAUGAUUGGAUAUAUAAUUCGUUGGCUAAUAACAGCAGUGUAGUCAUUGGCCAGAAGCUUGGACAAAGGUUGGAUAAAAAUGCGAUUCAAGACGAUGCUAUUCUUGAUUGUUGUUUGUACUUCAAACAGCGGGCCAAUUUGGUGGUGUUACUUUCUAAUGAUAAGAAUUUGUGUAAUAAGGCAUUGACUAACGAUGUCUUGACUGUCACUUUUAAAACGGGCAUGUCUGCAAAACUUAUAGCCAAGGUAAUUUAUGAUGAGAAUGUUAACCAGUUUGGCAAGUUGGCACCAAUGGAAAUAGAGCAUGUUCCAUCUUUGAAGCAUAAACACAAGGAAGCACUGGCCGAACCUUCAAGGGAAUGGGUGCAGUCCACUCAAGAAGUCCAAGCAUUUCGUUCAUUCGCAGAAGUUGCCGAGAAAGUGUAUAGUGAGAUUCAAAUGAUUUUACUUUCAGCUAUCCAUCAUUGUAUGGAAGUAGAAUAUGGGGAAGAUCUUGAUUUGUUGCGAGAUUACACUAAAGAAUCAAUUGUAACUAUCCAGGACUGUUCACAGGUGUUGAUAAGAUUUUGGUUUACUGUGUUUGAUCAGUAUUUCCGAGCUAGUCCGGCCAAGUUUGUUCCAUUUCAGGAAACAGGAACGGGUCGGAAACUGGUGAAACAUCCCUUGUAUGUGGAUAUACCCACCACACCAGCAGAGCUAGUUGAGUUUAUUGAGUUUUGGACCACGGCAUUACAGAUCAUAUAUGAUGGAGUCAUGGAUGAAACUCAGCAAAUGGCACUUGAGCAUUUAAUUAAAAGAUGGCAUAAAAUGGCUGAUUUAUAG